AAAGAUCAGCAACGUGUCACUGACACGUGGGCAUUAGUUCUUUCAUGUCCCUCUAGGUGGAGAGUAAUUGUAUUAAGCUGUCGAUCGGUGUUUCCUAACCAAAUUUUUGAUUUUAAAUAAGAAAAUCGACAAAUUAGGAAAAAAUGGGAAUAAAAUUCCUGGAAGUGAUAAAACCAUUUUGUGGAAUAUUGCCCGAAGUUGCAAAACCUGAAAGAAAAAUUCAAUUCAGAGAGAAAGUACUAUGGACAGCUAUAACAUUAUUCAUAUUUUUAGUUUGUUGUCAAAUACCUUUAUUUGGUAUUAUGUCAUCUGAUUCAGCUGAUCCAUUUUAUUGGAUGAGAGUUAUUUUAGCUUCAAAUCGUGGAACAUUGAUGGAACUAGGCAUUUCUCCCAUUGUUACAUCUGGGCUCAUCAUGCAACUUCUUGCUGGAGCUAAAAUCAUUGAAGUUGGAGACACUCCUAAGGAUAGAGCACUUUUUAAUGGAGCUCAAAAAUUAUUUGGAAUGGUAAUCACAAUUGGACAAGCUAUUGUAUAUGUUAUGACUGGAAUGUAUGGUGAUCCUGCUGAUAUAGGAGCUGGAGUGUGUUUACUCAUAAUAAUCCAGCUUUUCGUUGCUGGUUUAAUUGUACUGUUACUAGAUGAACUUUUGCAAAAAGGUUAUGGUUUAGGUUCAGGAAUCUCUCUCUUCAUUGCCACUAACAUUUGUGAAACAAUUGUCUGGAAAGCAUUCAGUCCUGCAACUGUGAAUACUGGAAGAGGAACAGAAUUUGAAGGUGCUAUUAUUGCUUUGUUUCAUUUAUUGGCUACAAGACAAGAUAAAGUUAGAGCUUUAAGGGAAGCAGUGUACCGUCAAAAUUUACCAAAUAUUAUGAAUUUAUUAGCUACAGUUAUGGUUUUUGCCAUUGUGAUUUACUUCCAGGGAUUCCGUGUAGACCUGCCAAUCAAAUCUGCAAGAUAUCGUGGUCAAUACAGUUCUUAUCCCAUUAAAUUGUUUUAUACUUCUAACAUUCCAAUCAUUCUUCAGUCUGCACUUGUUUCUAACCUUUAUGUAAUUUCUCAGAUGUUGGCUGUCAAAUUCAGUGGAAAUUUCUUUGUUAAUUUGUUAGGUGUUUGGGCUGAUGUUGGUGGGGCAGGUCCUGCUCGAGCAUAUCCUAUAGGUGGUCUUUGUUAUUAUCUUUCACCACCAGAAAAUCUGGCUCACAUAUUAGAAGAUCCCAUACAUGCAGUUUUAUAUAUUAUUUUCAUGUUAGGAUCUUGUGCAUUUUUCUCAAAGACUUGGAUAGAAGUUUCAGGAUCGAGUGCAAAAGAUGUUGCAAAGCAAUUGAAAGAACAGCAAAUGGUAAUGAGAGGUCAUCGUGAAAAGUCAAUGAUUCAUGAACUCAAUAGAUACAUUCCAACUGCUGCUGCAUUUGGAGGUCUUUGUAUUGGAGCUCUCUCAGUACUUGCAGACUUCUUAGGUGCAAUUGGAAGUGGUACUGGUAUUUUAUUGGCUGUAACGAUUAUUUAUCAGUACUUUGAAAUAUUUGUAAAAGAGCAAAGUGAAAUGGGUGGAAUGAGUACUUUGUUAUUCUGAGUUAUUUUAUUCUCUAUGUUAAACAUCAAGUUUACGUGUAUUUUCAAGGACUGCCAGUUCACCUCUUGUAGUUGCUUGAAAAAUGAUUUGAAUAAAAUAUUCGGUGACAUUCAUUGUA